CCCCUCCUUCCCCUGAAGCGAGCGGAGCUGUCAGUGGAUUUGCAGCACAUCACCUCUCUCUGGUAUCAGUCCUCCCUGAGGUCCUCUACCAAGGCUCAAAAGAUAGUUUCUUUAAGGGGAAUCUACUGCUUUAAUCAGAAUUUGCAACACAGCAGGAUAGUUUCUGAUAGUACUCGGAAAAGUGGACCAACACUUUUUUUUUUUUACCUGGAAGCAAAACCUGAGGAGUGAGUCUGAUGGUUUUCAAGGUUUCAGAGAGAAGUCUUCACCAUGCUUUGGGAGAAAUCAACUUCACAAGAAGUCUUUGGAGGACCUGCAGACAAUAUUCAUAAUGAGUGAAGACUUCCAUUGGCCUCACCACUGAAUAAUGGAGGAGAGUGGAAUACUGAUUUGUACUUUGAAACCUUUAUUAUGAAUAAUGGAAGAAAACAGUACAUUUCUGACCGCUGAGUACAAUGACAGUACCACCGUUUGGGCACCAAUGCCCUCUGCUCCCAGCAGACAGCUGGGCACUCUUCCCAACCCACAAACUCGCUUCAAGGACCUGACAGGGAUAUUUUUCAUGGUGACCCUGAAUGUUCUGGCACUUCUGGCCAACACUGCUGUUCUGGUGGUUGUUAUAAAAGCCCCACAUCUCAGGAAAUUUGCCUUUGUUUGCCACCUUUGUGCAGUGGACCUGCUGUGUGCCAUUUUGCUCAUGCCUCUGGGCAUUGUGUCCAGCUCUCCGUACUUCGCUGGCGUCGUGUUCACCGUGCUGGAGUGCCAGGUCUAUGUCUUCCUCAAUGUAAUCCUCAUAGCUGCCUCUAUCUUCACCAUCACAGCCAUCAGUGUAGAACGCUAUUACUACAUUGUCCACCCCAUGCGCUAUGAGGUCAAGAUGACUCUGAAGUUGACUGCAGCUGUGAUGGUGAUGGUGUGGGUGGCAUCUGCAGUUUUGGGGCUGUCCACUGUGUUCGGAUGGCCGUCUUAUGGCAGCCUGAGCUCCAUCAGUGCUGCUCAUUGCUCACUGCAUUGGAGCCACAGUGAUCACAGACGUAUUUUCUCUGUGCUCUUCAGUGUCACCUGUUUCUGUUUACCUGCUAUAGUGAUUUUUGCUGUCUACUGUAAUGUGUAUAAGGUGGCCCGUGUGGCUGCCCGGCAGCAUGGACCUUUGCCCUCCUGGACAAACAGCCAGCUGAAGCAUCGGUCCGACUCAAUAAACAGCCAGACUACCAUCAUCACAACUCGAAACGCACCUCGCAGGAUUGUACGUGACCGGCCUUUUGGUGGUAGUAAAGCUGCUCUCACUCUGGUGGUUAUUGUUGGCCAGUUUCUAAUCUGUUGGCUGCCUUACUUUGCCUUUCACAUCCAUUUGACAGUAGAUGUAACGGGCCAGAUCCCUGAUGACUUGGAGGAAAUAGUCACCUGGCUGGCAUAUUCCUCCUUCGCGAUUAACCCAUUUUUCUACGGGCUUCUGAACCGGCAGAUCAGGGAGGAGCUAUGUAAGCUGAGACGCUGCUACUCAGCUCGACCAAUGGAGCUGGCUGUCUCCAGUCAUGAGGGCUCAGGCCAUGAGAAUUUUAUGCAGUUUCUCCACAGAACCAGCUGCACUUUAGAGACACGUGCAAGCUUUGCUGCAUCCAGUCCUAGAAGCACUCUGGAUCAAACUGGGCAGACUAGUUUCAGGAUACCAGGGCAGAUCCCAGAAGAGUUCACUUAGACAUACCUCACUGUAGUGCCACAGUAUUAGCAGCCUAUUCGAUGUAAUAUGUGACUGAAUAGGGCAUAAAGUUUUUUAAAGAGUGUUCGCAAUAUGUCAGAAAGCAUAUCUGCAUAUAGUAAACGGCGCAAAAGAAACCAACACUGUUUCUGUCUUUGAAAUUUGAUAUAUUUUUUACUUUUGUCUAAAGACUCUACUAGAGCUGAAAGCUAAUGGACGUAGUUUCUUUAAAUGGUUGUUACUGUAUUUGUUAAAGCUAUCAGUGAUACAGUUACUGAGGAACACUGUUUUUACUACACACUAAGUAAUGUUACCGUAAUCAGUAGAUCCAUUUUUAUCAAAAAGUCAUGAACACAAACAUCACACUUUUACUUGAAAAGUAAUGACAGUACAGUCAGUCAGCACAUCUACAGAGAUAGUGAGAAAGGAGGAAUUUAUGAUCUGCUUAUAAUAACAGUGAGCAGUCAGUCAGUUUUACAGAAUUCCAAAAUUCUGAAUGCUACUUGUUUUUAUCUGUACGAAUAUAGCAGCAAUACUCUUUGUAUCACACAAUCAAAUGUUGUUCUGUUAUUCAUGUAGACUUUAUUUAUUGUAAACAAUGAGGAGUCACAUUAUGUUUAAAACUUGCUUUUUCUUAUUAAUGUCAAUGUGAAAAUAAACAUAGGAUACUUUAAUUAUUCAAAUGAA